ACAAUAUUGAAAAUCAUUUAUUGUUGGAUAUUUUUGCUUCUCUCAACAUUCAGCUAGCUAGCAUUCAUAAUGAUGGAGAUCUCUAUAAUACUCCCAUCCAAAUAAUAAUAAAAAUAACAAACCGCGGGUUGUUUGCUCAAUCAACAUCAUUCAUUUUCCCCAACAUACAUUUUCUGAAUGAGUCCAUCAUUUUCCUAAAAAUUCAUCGAAGAUAAAGAGUCCAAUCAUAUCGCAAACCAGUUGACUGCAAUAACUCAUCUAUAUAAAUAAACAUCACCCUACAAAGUUAGGUUAAUCUUCCAUUGUACUUCAAUCUCUUUCUCAAUCUUACAUCAAACCAAUUCCUUCCAAAUUCGGGCAUAUCAGCAUUUUUCAAGGAAGAAGAAGCUAAAAGAUGAAGUUUGGGAAGGAGUUUUCUUCCCAGAUGGUGCCCGAAUGGCAGGCAGCUUACAUGGAUUAUAAUCAGCUUAAAACUCUGUUAAAGAAUGUGCUGAAUCUCCAACGUAGAAAUGAUGUUUCUGGGUCGAACCCAAUGUCUCAAUCCCGGAAACCAUCCAAGAAGUUAAAGAGAAAGCUGACUCUGUACAGAGCAUUCAGUGGGCUGUCAGUGUCACGGAGGAAAAGCAGUUCUCCCAGAAAAAUGGAGGAUGAAGUGAUUGUGGUGACUGAAGUGCCGCCGCCGGCGAACUCGGAUUCCGAUGGAUUCUACCAGACCACGUUUCUCAUGACCAUGGCGGAUACAGGGGAGGUUGAGCUUGUGUUUUUCAGGAAAUUGGAUGAGGAGUUCAACAAAGUGCUUAAAUUUUACAAGGACAAAGUGAGUGAAGUUAAGGCUGAAGCAGAGGAAUUGAGUAAGCAGAUGGAUGCUCUGAUUGCUUUAAGAAUUAAGGUAGAAUUCCCAAUGAUGGGGGAAUUCAGAACAAAUUCCAGUAUUAAUGGAAAGAAAAUUGUUCCAUCCCAGGAUCAACCAGAAGCGCCUUCCUCAAAUGAGACAGGAGAAGUAAUGUCGCAUAUGGAUGCAAUUCAGGAGGUUGAAACAGGCAAUGAUGAUGAGGAGGAAAUUUCUAAGCGUCCUCCAUUACAAGUCUUGAAUCAAGUUAGGAUCAAUGUUGACCCCGAGACUCCGAUUUCGACUUUGAAAAAUGUGUUUGGCAGCUUGAUGCCUGAUUUGUCAUUCAGCAAGAACGAAUUGAAGAAAGCGGAGGGGAGAUUAAAACAGGCUUUUGUUCAAUUCCACCAAAAGCUUCGACUCCUCAAAAGCUACAGUUUCUUGAACCUCUUGGCUUUCUCUAAGAUCAUGAAGAAAUAUGAUAAGGUUACAUCAAGGAAUGCUUCCAAGUCCUUUAUGGAAAUGGUAGAGAACUCAUAUCUUGGGAACUCUGAUGAGAUCACUAAGCUGACAGAAAGAGUGGAGUCUACUAUCAUAAAACAUUUCUCAAAUGGAAAUCGAAGUGAAGGCAUGAAAGUUUUGAGGCCACAAACCAAAAAGGAGAAGCAUAGCGUGACGUUCUUUUUAGGGCUAUUAUGUGGUUGCUCCAUCGCGCUGGUAGCGGCCAUCAUUGUGUCUAUAUAUGCAAGAAAUCUUCUUGAGAAUGAAAAAGGACGAAAUCAAUACAUGGAGAAUAUAUUCCCACUGUAUAGUUUGUUUGGGUUCCUAGUCCUACACAUGAUCUUACUCUCCGGGAACAUAUACCUGUGGAGGCGUUUCCGGGUUAACUAUCCCUUCAUAUUUGGGUACAAAGAAGGUAAAAGAUCAAUGGGAUACAGGGAACUUCUCCUGGUGGCUUCUGGCCUUACAGUGCUCACCUUGGCUGCCGUGCUUUCCAACCUGGAUAUGGAGAUGGAUCCUAGAUCAGAAAGUUAUCGGGCACUCACUGAAUUGGUUCCAUUAGGCCUUGUCACUGUGGUGCUUCUUAUACUCUUUUGUCCUUUCAACAUCAUAUAUCGCCAAAGUCGAUAUUUCCUCAUCCAAAGUGCUUGGCAUUGCCUCUGUGCUCCUCUUUAUAAGGUUACCCUGCCAGACUUUUUCUUGGCAGAUCAGUUGACUAGUCAGGUUCAAGCUUUCAGAUGUCUGGAAUUCUAUGCAUGUUAUUAUGGUUGGGGUGACUUCAAAAAGAGAUCAAAUACUUGCCAGGACAGUGAAAUUUACAAGAUCUUUUACGUCAUCAUCGCAGUUGUUCCCUACUGGUCUCGCGUUCUUCAGUGCCUACGACGUUUGUUUGAAGAAGGAGAUUACCAUCAGUUUUUCAACGCCCUCAAAUAUGCAUCAACCAUUGUUGCUGUUGUUCUGAGGACGAUUUACUCUUUCAGAAGAGGCGCCACUUGGAGAAUCAUGGCCGCGGCUAGCUCGGGAGUUACCACAGUGUAUAGCACAUAUUGGGAUAUAGUUAUGGAUUGGGGUCUAUUGAACAGAACUUCCAAGAACCCCUGGCUGAGAGACAAGCUCCUAGUAGCAAACAAGAAUGUCUAUUUUAUUGCCAUGGUGGUCAAUAUCUUGCUGAGACUAGUAUGGAUGCAGUUAAUCCUUGAUUUUCAGGCACCAUUUCUCCACAGGAAAGCCAUGAUCGCGUUAGUCGCCUGCCUGGAAAUCCUUCGCCGUUGCAUUUGGAACUUCUUUAGGUCUAAUAACUUUACUACAUGAAACAAGCAAUCUCUUACAUUUGGCUGAUUUUACUUCAAUCCUUAAUCCAUGUUUUCAAACUACUCUCUCAUUUGACGUGCUAUUGUCUUAACUUUCAGGUUGGAAAAUGAGCACCUAAAUAACGUUGGGAAGUACAGGGCUUUCAAGUCAGUGCCUUUACCAUUUUACUAUGAUGAAGACAAGAGUAUGUAACCGCAGAAUAUGACAAGAGGACACCAAAUGAAAUCAAGACUAUUCUUUCAGUUGAGCUUCUAUAAUUUAUUUUACUCCUAACCGGAAGAACAACCAAAAAAGUUGCACUGUAAUUGUUUAUACACAGAGCUAAACAAACAAUUUGCACACCAUAAAGAAGGGCAUCCCUUUGUUUGUUAUUCUUUGUAGCGUAGUAAUAGGUAAAGAAAAGAAAUUGUAAGCAACCAUCAAGAGCUAUAUUCUACUUUCUCUUAAAAAUUCAAGCAAAAAGUAUGAAAUAACAGCAGAUAAAAGACUGCCUGCUCUGUGAAGCUGAUAUUUGCAAAACUGUGAAAAGUGAAAACACACCAGAUCAAGUUCAGAUGUAUACCCCUUUGUUUCUGUUUCUUUUUUUUUUUCUUUUUUUUUUUGGUACGAAGGUAUUCCCUUUUUUCCUUCUCCUUGCUAUGACAUACUAUGUUACCUGGACUCGGAUACGGGUGUCGUAUCAGGUGUGGGG